AUGGCAACGGCUUCUGAGUUCACUUCUCCUCGAGAACUAGAGCUUCCAAAUUUCUCCACCCUCGCCAGUUCGGUGUCCCGCAUGGAGCAUCGUGUCCUCACUUGCAACCCCGGCAUGCCUGGAGGCUUGUUUCCUUCGAGGGAUUCAAAGGUGGGGAAAUUUGAUGUGUUUCCUGUCGAACUCAUCUUCAAGAUUUUCGCAAAUCUCGACUUUGCUUCCCUAAUCAAGUUUAAAAAGGCCAACUACGCAGCGUUUGCAUUAGUUUCAGCCUAUCUACCGUUCGAGGUCGCAAUGAAACAUAGCUCUGAAACCCUUAGAGCCAUCCAAUCUGUUGGAACCUUGAAAUUUGUGAAUGCUUCAGAGCUUUUCGAAGUCAUGCGGUCGACUAAAUGCUCUCAAUGUGGGAACACUGGCCCGUUUUUAUUUAUUCCUCUUCUAAAACGGACCUGUUGGAAAUGCAUUCCUACAUUCCGAAUCUACAAAGUUAGCAGCGUUAAAAGAUGUUUUGGCCUUGAUGAUUCACACUUUCGCAACGUUGCAACAUUCCGAACCAUCCCAGGGACCUACGGGGUGCCACUUAGACAAUACGAUGUGAUCCAGCACUUGAUCUCAGAGCCCGGUGCCCAGCAAGCUCGGUUGGAAGCUGGUCAUUUUGAUCAGAUGCAGAGUGACCGCCGAACGUCUCUGACUCUUGCUUUGUCUCAAUAUCAGGGAUACCUUCGCAGUGCACGAGCCAAUCUGUACGAUCUGUCUGCUCUUCCACAGGGACGUACCCCUACUCGCGGACCUAGAACCUGGGAAGCAAGUAUUAACGAGGAUACUCAUCAGUAUACUUACCUCCUAACCACCAUUCUGCCCUUUGCAAACCUUGCCGAGAGGACCAUACAGCACCCUAGAUACUGUGCCGGAUGUCUCUAUGAAAGGCAUAUCUUUAAGACCCAGGUCAAGCGAACAAUGUCAAACGAAGUUGAGGCAGAAAGGAUGGAGAUUGAUACAUUGUUCAAGGCCAGUAGAGCUUGCUAUCUAAGGACCUUGUGGACCAUCUUGCGGUCUGCGAAUCGGUCCCUAUACUCCUUGCAAAAUCGCCAGUCAACUACACUCUUCGUUAGGCUUACAAACUGGUGGCAUCCUUCGGUCUCGUGCUUCCCUAGCAGUCCUUAGUGGUGGUUCACUCUUCUCUUACCAUUUUUGUGCUUUUUCCAUGCCCUGCCUUUACGCGGCCCCUUUGUCCUUAAUUUUUUUACCUUUUUUCUUUUUUCUCCCCAAAUUGACAACUUUCAAUUGUCCCUAUUCCAUUUUAAAAAAGCAAUUACAUGAAUCCCUUUGUUAUACCCCCCCAUCCCAAUCCUAAUGCGACAUUAAAUGCCCCUUUUCACGUUUAGCCCUUGUGCCUCGCAAUAAUACCCGAUUCCCCCACCAACAUGCCCUCUCAGUUUGUAAUUUCCUUCUCAAGCUUUCUGCGAUU